AUGGUGCUGGUGGAGGCGGCGGGGCUUGUCUCGUCGCUGGAGCCCGGGGCGAUGGCUUUUCUAUCACUUGCCUCCCUCGUCACGAUGGUGUCGAUGGUGUCGAUGUGUACGACGUGUUGUAGGAAGAAGGUUAAGAAUAGCGAUCCCGACGACGUGGCCUACGGUGUCAUCGUGGCUCCAGAAGACGUCCCGAAAGCCGUACAGUUCCGGAAUGGCAGCGGAAGACAGAAAAGUGACCGCCACUCCCAACCAGGUGCCAGUAAUAAGGCUUCAAAUAGUGCAGCAGAUCCUCGAUCAUCUGCACCUCCCCGAGGACCUCGGGCCCUUCCGGAUCUCCCGGAAAAUACCUACGCCGCCAUCAAUAAAACCCGAAUCGACAAAGACAUCGAAUACGCCGAUGGGCCGACCCAAUUAUACGAAAGUAUCGACCGGGAUAACGACUCGACGGUGGAUCCGUUUUACUCAAAGGUCACCGAUCCACGAUCAAAUCGAAAAUACGACUACCCGAUAUUUAUGAAAAAUACCAGAGUCCGAGACGCUGAGGAUCCAUUUUAUCAGAGUGCUUCACAGAUUUAUGCGGCGGGAAGUGAAGAUCCUUACAGCUCAAUCGCCUCAGAACCUCGAAUCGCUCUUGCUCAACAGGAAGACGACUCAAGCAGCGCCUACGAUCCGGGAUAUGCUAAGGUCAAGCCAACAAUCGAGAAAACGGAGGCUGAGCUGGACCAAUUGUACAGUAAAAUCAGGAGAACAGAGUCGAGGCGAGGGGCCGAAUCCCCAGUUCCGGGGCCAAGUACCCAAGCCGACUUGGUGCAUACCGGCACCGACCAAACGUCUAUCCGAGAGCCCUCAUAUCGAUAUAUUACCGUAAGGGAGAGUGCUGAUGUGAUCCGCGCUCGCCUCGAGGAACAAGGUCGCCUUGGGCCUGGGGGACUGCCGAUCCGCGAGCAUUACUACUCGACGAUAGGGAAUGAAUACGAAUCUGUGGAGGAUGGGAGCACGACCUAUGCAAGGACUGCGAGGAUCGAGCCACCGAAUCAAUUCCCUCCCCCUGAUGGUCUUUCGAUAUCGGUGAGCAACAACGAGUUUGCCCCCGCGCCUCCAACUUCCCCGAUUCCGGAGCGACUUCCGGAGAUGCUGAGUCGAUCACCUCAACCCGGCCCUCAGCAAGAACCUGGCACGCUCUACUCCUCCAUCUCGAGAAGACCCACCCCAUCCGGCCCCUCUCCCACGAUACCUACCGUAGUCCGGGCGCCAACGAGGAGUCGACCGACCAACGCUGUUGUGGUGAGACCCUCGGUGGUGGUCGCGGAUGGGGCAUGGACGACUACGCGGGACUACCCCAAUGACACCCGGCAGAUGGAGGAGAUCCACGCAUUCAUGACGCGCCCACUGCUACCGUACGGCAACGAGGCUCUACUCAACCGUCGGGUCACCGAGGAGCGGGAGGUGGUGACGGAAGAGCGGAGGAGCCGCGGGCCAAUGCCUGAUCAACCGAUUUCUAGUUAUGAUAGUGCACGUAUCUUGCCACACCAUGACGUCGUCGAAACCCCUCGUGUCUACAACGUCGAAAUCAAACGGGUACCUGCUGGCCAGCAGGCAGCAACGUUAGAUGGCCAACGAGGGCAAAACGGGCGGCCCGACUCGCUGGUGAUGGAGGGGCAGAAAUCACUCCCCGGACCUUCAUCACCAGGGCAAUCGAAACGAGGCGAGGAGGAGAUGGUCCGGUCUUUCGAAAGCACCAGUUCACGCGGGCGAAGCCAGCUUCCGAUUGCUACUAACGACAAUGAGAUCCGAGAGCACAUCGGGAGAGCCAGGCAGCGACGACAGGAGAGCAUUGAGAGGGAGGAGCGGGAAAAGAUGGAGAGGGAACGAACGGUAUCAAGAGAACGAAGACGUCGUGAAAAAGUCGAAGAAGAGCUGAGAAAGGAGCGUCAGGGUACCGUAUAUACCUCCAACGACUAUUUGCCCAAGACUUGUCUCCGUCAAGAGACUCGUCGAGGUCACCGAGCCGCGCCGUCACUCCCUCCAGAACUCCAACUAGGCCUGCCAACAUUUCCUAUGUACAGCAGUAAGUUCGAUCCCCGGCGCCUUGGGCCUGUGUUGUGUGUACAUAUUGCUAUCCCCCCCGUGACCCCCGUGAAUUUUCGCGAUAUCAUCGUCGUGUGGUUGUGCUGGUUGGUGCUUACGAAUGCCUCGCUUCUGCUCUUCGCCUUUCCGGAAGAGUCCGGUGAAACUGAAUCGAAGAAUUCUGGCGCUGGUGGUUGUGAGGGUGGAGCUUGUUUCUGUCACUCCAAGAGCCCUCGCGACGUCGUCGCCCAAAGCAACCGGCGCCAGAUGACCGAGAUCAGCUUCGACGCGCCGUCGCCCAAUGUUUUGCCGCCCUUCGACCUUUCG